ACGAAUGAAGCAAAAGGUAAAAUGCCACUAUGGUACCACAGCGCAACUUCAAAAAAAACCAAUAGAAUAAAUAAUUCACUACAAGCAAAAUGCCUCCGAAAUAACCAUCAAAUACAUCUGGUAGGAGACGCAAUGAACACAAUAGAAAACCAACCCAACUCCCAUAAAAAAUCAAACAAUAAAUGUAAAUGCAACAAAUGUAAACAAGAUAGACUGAAAGGCUGCAUCAACUCUGCUAAAUGUCUAGCAACAAUUAAAAAGCUUUUAAAUGAUCUACCAGCACAUUGGAACCCCCAGAACAAGAAUAGACAACAAAUUAAAAUAGACUCAAAUGAGAACACACAAGAUGAAAACAGUAAUACUAUAAAAAUCUUUAAACAUGAACUACCAACAUCAAAUAACAUAUAUGAUACACUACGUAUAUUUACAACCGCAGAAGACAACCUGUCUGAAACAUGUAAAACAAACCAAACUAAAGACAAUAUUAUAACAGUAUACACAGAUGGUGGAUGCCAAUUAAAUGAUGAUAUAAAUGCUCAAGCAGGAAGUGGAAUCUGGUUCAACAAAGACAACAAUAUGAAUAUAGCAUGUAGAGUCCCAGGUCUUAAUCAAAGUAAUCAAACAGGUGAACUAUAUGCUGUAGAAUAUACAGCAUGUAAAACCUCGAAGAUACAUCAACUAAAAAUAGGAACAGACUCCAAAUAUACAAUAAAUACUAUUACCAACUCACUCUCAUACUUUGAAGAUAAAGGAUGGGUUGGAGUUGAAAAUGCCUAUGAAAUCAAAAGAGUAGUUGCAUGGUUAUGA